CUCACACCCCCCCUCUCGUUUCCCUCCCCUGCCUUCUCUCCCUCUCUCUGUCUCACACAUUCUCUCGCUUGCCCUGCAAGGCUGAAGGCAAAUACAGCAGGAUGUCCAUAGUGAACAUUGUGGCCAGGGAGAUCCUCGACUCCAGAGGAAACCCCACUGUGGAGGUGGACCUGCACACUGAGAAAGGUGUGUUCAGGGCAGCUGUCCCAAGUGGAGCAUCCACAGGCAUCUAUGAGGCUCUGGAACUGAGAGAUGGGGAUGCAAGUCGAUACAAAGGAAAAGGUGUGCUCAAGGCAGUGGCUAAUAUCAAUGACACUAUCCGCCCAGCUCUCAUCCAGUCUGGGAUCAGUGUGGUGGAGCAGGAGAAGCUGGACAACAUGAUGAUUGAGAUGGAUGGCACGGAGAACAAGUCUCAGUUCGGUGCCAACGCAAUCCUGGGUGUUUCUCUCGCUGUAUGCAAGGCUGGUGCGGCAGAGAAAGGCGUUCCCCUGUACCGCCAUAUCGCUGACCUGGCAGGAAACACAGAGCUGGUGCUGCCGGUUCCUGCUUUCAACGUGAUCAAUGGAGGGUCUCACGCCGGGAACAAGCUGGCCAUGCAGGAGUUCAUGGUGCUCCCGGUGGGGGCUGAGUCAUUUCGGGAGGCGCUGCGUGUGGGCGCUGAGCUCUACCACACCCUGCGGGGGGUCAUUCGUGACAAGUACGGACAGGAUGCCACCAACGUGGGGGACGAGGGCGGGUUCGCGCCCAAUAUCCUGGAGAACAGUGAAGCUCUGGAGCUGUUGAAAACAGCCAUAGAGAAAGCAGGCUUCACGGACAAAGUGGUGGUUGGGAUGGAUGUUGCAGCGUCAGAGUUUUACCGUGAUGGAAAGUAUGACCUCGACUUCAAAUCCCCCCCUGACCCCGACAGACACAUCAGUGCAGAGGAGCUGUCUGAGAUUUACCAGAGCUUCGUCAGCAAUUACCCAGUUGUGUCCAUAGAGGACCCAUUCGACCAGGAUGACUGGCCUGCCUGGUCACAGCUGACAGCUUCCAUGGGGAUCCAGAUAGUUGGGGACGACCUGACAGUGACCAACCCCCGGCGGAUCGAGAAGGCCGCUGAGGAGAGGGCCUGCAACUGCCUGCUGCUCAAAGUCAACCAGAUCGGCUCGGUCACCGAGGCCAUCCAGGCGUGCAAACUGGCCCAGGCAAAUGGCUGGGGAGUGAUGGUCAGCCACCGCUCCGGGGAGACAGAGGACACCUUCAUCGCUGACCUUGUGGUGGGGCUUUGCACUGGACAGAUUAAGACUGGAGCUCCCUGUAGAUCAGAACGCCUGGCCAAAUACAACCAGCUGAUGAGGAUCGAAGAAGAGCUGGGUGAUCAAGCUCGUUUUGCUGGGCAUAAUUUCAGAAAUCCCAGCGCUCUCUGAGACUUGCAUAGACAGCAAAAUUGCUCAGGCACACUGAACCACUUUGAUAUUCACGAAGACUGACAGGCAGACAUGAACAGACAGAGGCCGGCACAGGCCGAAACACACUCACAGAACAAAAAUCUAAUAGCAAAUAACUGGCACUCACCGACAAGUACGGACUGUCGGAUGCUCUGAUUGGCUGUUUCGUUGCAUGGUUGAUGAACACUAGAAGACUGACUGCUUCACUAUAAAAUAGAGAAAAAUAAUCACAAACAGUGUUUAGCACAGUCUCGCGCUACAUUUGUGACAGAAUUGCACUUCCUCUCUUUUCUGCCUUUCUCGUCUUUGCUUGCUCUGUAUUUCCUUCUAAUUACUGCUGCAUUUUAUUUUCUGUCUCUGAAGCUUUCAUGGUUCCUUUACUGGUCUGAUCUUUCCUUCCUAAUCAGCCACGGUUUUCCCCUUCCUGUAUUCUCUGUCCCUCUUUCCUAAUGUGAGCUGAAUUACUGAAUUGAAAUGAAAUGCAUCAUAGAUAUAUUCAAUAAAAUAAAGAGAACUAUUUAUGAUGGUUACAUAAACCACA